CGUACAGUGAAUGCAGCACGGAUUCCGUGCACGGCGUAGGUGGCGUCAGGAAACAAGCUGUUCGUGUCUGCUUUCGAAAGAAAUGGACUAAGGCUGAAUAAAUCUUGCAGGAUCUGACAGCUUUAUGGGACAAAACAGUUCACAGGAGUCCAAUAUGACUACACCUGUCCAUGUGAUCAUUGUGGGAGCUGGCUGUCGAGGGGAGAUCUACGCCCAGUUUGCUUCAAUUCAUCCUAAACGCAUGAAGGUUGUUGCUGUGGCUGAUCCAAGAAAGUUUGCCCGCACCAAACUGCAAACGAAGCACAAAAUUGAGGAUAAAAAUGUAUUUGAAGACUGGCAAAGCAUUGUUGAACGAGAUAAGUUUGCAGAUGCUGUGUUAAUUUGCACUCCAGAUCGCAUUCAUAAGGAUCCUGCUGUUGCUUUUGCAAAGAAGGGCUACCACAUUCUCCUGGAAAAACCAAUGGCAACAACCCCAGAGGACUGCACAGCAAUAGUGGAAGCUUGCACUCAGGGUGGUGUGAUGCUGUCUGUGGGUCACGUUCUCCGAUAUGAUCCACUUAUUCACAAGAUCAAGGAGCUCAUAGAUGCUGGAGUGAUUGGUGAUGUGAUCCAUAUACAGCACCUUGAGCCGGUCGGGUUUUAUCACUUUGCUCACUCAUUUGUUCGAGGUAACUGGAGGAAUGAAGCUGAGAGCUCUUUCGCUCUGCUGGCUAAAUCGUGCCAUGACAUUGACCUAAUACAUCACUGGGCUGGAGCCCGCAGGUGUGUAAAAGUGUCAUCUUUUGGAUCGGUCAGCCACUUCCAGAAAGAGAAAAAGCCAACAGGUGCUGGAGAUCGUUGUCUCGAUUGUUCGGUAGAAGGAAACUGUCCAUACUCGGCAUGCAAAAUCUAUGUGGACAGUGUGAAGCAGGGUCACACUGGCUGGCCGGUGUCAGUCAUCUGCCCAAACUCACUCCCUGACAUUGAGUCCGUCACUGAAGCUCUGAGGACUGGACCGUAUGGCCGCUGCGUCUAUGAUUGCGACAACGAUGUCUGCAGUAACCAGGUUGUAAACAUGGAGUUUGAAGAGGGCUUAACAGCUGCCUUCUCUAUGGUGGCUUUCACUGAGGAGAUUUGCCAACGAAAAACAACAAUAUAUGGCAGCAAAGGAGAGUUGUCUUAUAAUGGCCGUGAGAUUCGCGUGUUUGACUUUCUGACCAGGAUACCCACAAAGCACACAGCAAGCAGUGAAGAUCUCAAACACUACGGCAUAAGUGGGCAUGGUGGGGCCGACUACCACCUCAUGAAUGCUUUUAUUUCUGCAGUGGCUAACAAUGAUCCGUCCAUGAUUCGAUCAGGCCCUGAGGAGACGCUGAUCAGCCAUUUGCUUGUGUUUGAAGCUGAGCGAUCGAGGGUGGAGAGCAGGGUGGUGUACUGUGGAGACACAGCUGAAAGCUAGAGGACUAUAAAGCAACAGGAUGUCGGUGUUCAGUUCGUACAAGCUGAACUGUGACAGGAUACUAACAGGUCUCAAACCAACGGGAUCCGAAUCCUCUGUGGACUAUAAUAACUUGAAUAAUGCAUGUGUUUGUUUGAAAGAGAAUGCACUGCCAUAAAUGUGAUUAUGAUGUUGAUGAGUUAAUGUUAUGAUUAUAUGACUGAUUAGUUUUGUAAUGUUCCUUUAAAUGCCUGUUCCAGUGUGUUUCUCACUUUGAGGAGCCUUUUUUGAUGCUCUGGGACUGAACACCUGCUUAAUGAAUGAAGACACAACUAAUGAUGCAUUAUAUGACAGAGGAAAUUAAUUAAUUAUCUUGCUUUGUUAAAGUUCUUUGAUCACUGUUUACUAAAAUCAGGGUGUCUUUGCAAAUUUCAUUGUAAAAUUUCACAUUUAAGUUGCUUUUUCUGUCUGUAGAAACGUACUGGAAAUUAAGAGUACUUUUCUUGGUCCAGUAAUUGUCAUCAUGUUCUUCACAAACUAGUACUAGAGGAACAACAGAGUGUUUACAAAGAAUAACACUUUUAUUAAACUUUUCCUAUUUGUUUCUCUGAUUAUUGUUGUAGUUAUCUUUAGGGUUCAAAUCUUUUUCAUGUAAUUUGUAAAAUUAUGUUGCAGAUUAAAGAAGAUUAAAAACAAAUCAUUACGAAUCGAUUAACUCUG